CACCUCUCAUUCGCCAUCGUUUCUCUAUUUUCUACGGAUUCCUCCACGCAGUUUUCUCCCGCACGAUUCCUAUCAAAAAGAUUCCGCAGCCUCAUCGAACGCUCCCCUCAGAUGGAAUCCAAUUGCAUCCGUCGCCGUCCAAAUCUUCCUCCUCCCCCCUUCCGCUCGUAUGGUGCGACCAUCACCACCGCCACCAGAAUCCACCACUCCAAUUCCCUCCCUAUCAAACUCAACCACCGAUGCUUUCCCUCCAUCGCCACCCCUUCCCUCCGCUUAAACCCCGAGCCUGUCCGUCCUGCCUCUUCCCUUGCUAUAGUGCCCAAGUCCGCUUCCGAUCCAGAUGCCGCCGCUGCCGGGGGAUCCGACCUUGCCCCCGUCCCCGCCUCCGCCCGCACCUUCACCGCCUGGGACAUGGGUAGCCUCUGGGUUAGCCUCGUCGUGGGAGUUCCCUCCUACUACCUCGCCGGCAGCCUCGUCGACCUCGGCAUGGCCUGGUGGCAGGGCGUGGCCACCGUCGUCCUCGCCAACCUCAUCGUCCUCUUCCCCCUCGUCCUCACCGGCGUCCCAGGCACCCGGCACGGCGUCCCCUUCCCGGUCCUCGCCCGCGCCGCCUUCGGCGUCCGCGGUGCCCACGUCCCCACCCUCCUCCGCGCCCUCGUCGGCUGCGGCUGGUUCGGCAUCGAGACGUGGAUCGGCGGAGAGGCCAUCUUCCUCCUCCUCCCCUCCGCCCUCAAGCAGUCCGCCCCCGCCCUGUCCGUCGUCCCUUGGUUGGGCACCUCGCCUCUGGAGUUCUCCUGCUUCUUGAUCUUUUGGCUGGCCCAAAUGGGCAUCAUCUUACGGGGGAUGGACGGCAUUCGGGAGCUCGAGAAGUACUCGGCACCGAUCCUCAUCAUCCUCUCUUCAUCCCUCCUCUGCUGGGCCUACGUCAAGGCCGGCGGCUUCGGGCGGAUGCUUUCGACGCCUUGUCGGCUGUCCUCCGCAGAAUUCUGGAAAAUCUUCUUCCCCUCGCUCACUGCCAACAUCAGCUUCUGGGCAACGGUGGCGCUCAACAUCCCGGACUUCACCCGCUAUGCCUGCAGCCAGAAGGACCAAAUCCUCGGCCAGGCCGGCCUUCCCGUCUUCAUGGGCGCCUUCACCUUCCUCGGGUUGGCGGUGACCUCCGCCACCGAGGUCAUCUUCGGCCGCGUGAUCUCCGACCCCAUCCGGCUCCUCGGCCAGAUAGGAGGCCUUUCCACGACGAUCGUCGCCAUCUUCGGCAUCAGCCUCGCCACCAUCACCACGAACAUCGCCGCCAACGUGGUCGCUCCGGCGAACGCCCUCGUAAAUCUCAGCCCGUCGGCUUUCACGUUCCGGAGUGGCGCUCUCUUGACUGCUUUGCUGGGCAUCGCCUUCCAGCCCUGGAGGCUGCUGAGGUCGAGCGAGAGCUUCAUCUACACUUGGCUGAUCGGGUACUCAGCGCUCAUGGGACCAAUUGGAGGGAUAAUUCUAGCCGAUUACUACCUCGUGAAGAGAAUGGAAUUGGAUGUCAGCGCGUUGUACUCGGAGAAUCCUCGAGGCCCUUACUACUAUAAGAAAGGAUUCAAUGUCGCAGCAAUGGCGGCUCUGGUAGCGGGCAUACUGCCCAUACUGCCGGGAUUCCUCUAUAAAGUCGGCAUUUUGGCAAGCACUUGGGAAGCAUUUGUUGCGGCCUAUAACAACGCCUGGUUUGUGAGUUUCUUCGUCUCUGGUGUCGUCUACUUGGUUCUCUCUGGUUCACAAAGGAGAUUGAAGGGUGCUUAAUUUGCUCAACGAUUGAUGCCUGCGUUAAAAGCUUUCGUUGCUCUCCGCACAUAGAUCAGAUCAAGAAGACACGUUUUAUAGAAAUAAAAGACUUCAGCUUUGUCGGUGGUAUGUCUCCUGUUUUCUGUGUUCUUUCUGUAGGCCAUAAAGAUGCAGCUGUAGAUAUCCUUUUGGUUAUGAACUGCUUAUACCUACAGCUUUGAGAUUUUGCUGUUACAGCUUCAAAUAUUGUAAAAUUAAAGACGAAAUCCAUUGCAACAAUCUAAAACAUCAAAUUGUAGACAAAAAAAGAAAUUCUAGUUAUUUUCAUUA